UUCCGGGUCGGGAAUGCGCGGCGGCUGCGCCCGGUGCCCCGCGAUGCUGCGGGGAGGGCAGCGCCUCGGCUCGGAGCUCUAACGGGGGGAAAAAAAAUCGCUUUAGACAACUAGGACAGGGGGUCCCGGGAGGCUCGGGGGUCCCGGGGGUGAAUUCCCUCCUCGCGCCCCCCCCUCUCCUCCCCCAGCUCCCACCCCAUUGUUCUCCCGGGGCCGCCGCGCUCGCCCCGGGGAUCGCAUCGCUGGAUGCGGGUUUGCAGCCGCCGGCUCGCCGGGACCCGAGCCGGGGCAGCGGGGAGGAGGAAGAGGAGGAGGAGGAGGAGGAAGGGGUUGUGAGCCGUGGCAGCCCCCCGGCAUCCCGUUUCCCCCCCGCUCCGUCCUCCCCCGGGCAAUGUUCCACUGUAUCCCGCUGUGGCGGUGCAACCGCCAUGUGGAGUCCAUCGACAAGCGGCACUGCUCGCUGGCAGCCGUGCCCGAGGAGAUCUACCGCUACAGCCGCAGCCUGGAGGAGCUCCUGCUGGACGCCAACCAGCUCCGAGAGCUGCCCAAGCCUUUCUUCCAACUUGUGAAGUUACGGAAGCUUGGACUCAGCGAUAAUGAAAUCCAGCGGCUCCCUCCAGAAAUAGCGAAUUUCAUGCAGCUGGUGGAACUUGAUUUGUCUCGAAACGAUAUUCCUGAAAUACCAGAAAGCAUCUCAUUCUGCAGAGCGCUACAGGUAGCAGAUUUCAGUGGGAAUCCACUGACUAGGUUGCCCGAAAGCUUUCCUGAAUUACAGAAUCUAACAUGUCUUUCAGUAAAUGACAUCUCUCUGCAAGCACUACCUGAAAACAUUGGGAAUCUUUAUAACCUGGCUUCACUGGAACUUAGAGAAAAUUUGCUGACAUAUUUACCCGAAUCACUUGCCCAGCUGCAGCGACUAGAAGAACUUGAUUUAGGAAACAAUGAACUUUAUAACUUGCCAGAAACAAUUGGUGCACUUUUCAAUCUUAAAGACCUCUGGUUGGAUGGAAACCAAUUAGCUGAAAUACCUCAGGAAGUAGGAAACCUGAAAAACCUGCUUUGUCUGGAUGUUUCUGAAAAUAAAUUGGAAUGCCUUCCUGAAGAAAUUAGUGGUCUGACUUCUUUAACAGACUUGCUUGUUUCUCAGAAUUUACUUCAGGUCUUACCUGAUGGCAUUGGAAAAUUGAAGAAGCUCUCCAUUUUGAAGGUUGAUCAGAACAAACUUAUUCAACUAACAGAUUCAAUUGGAGACUGCGAAAGCCUUACUGAACUAGUUCUAACAGAAAACCAACUGCAGUCAUUGCCGAAAAGCAUCGGAAAACUAAAGAAGCUGAACAAUUUGAAUGCCGAUAGAAACAAAUUAACAUCUUUGCCCAAAGAGAUUGGAGGAUGCUGCAGUCUGAAUGUCUUCUCUGUACGUGACAACAGAUUAUCUCGAAUUCCCUCUGAAAUUUCCCAAGCCACUGAGCUUCAUGUCCUGGAUGUUGCUGGAAACAGGCUGACGUAUCUUCCCCUCUCACUGACUACCUUAAAGCUGAAGGCUUUGUGGUUGUCUGAUAACCAGUCCCAACCUUUGCUGACGUUUCAGACUGACAAAGACCCUGAAACAGGAGAAAAGAUUUUAACGUGUGUAUUGCUUCCUCAAAUGCCUUCUGAGCCUGGUUGCCAAGAUAACCUACCACGAUGUGGUGCACUGGAGAGUUUGGUAAAUGAAGUGUCAGAUGAAACAUGGAAUGAGCGGGCAGUGAAUAGAGUCAGUGCAAUUCGCUUCUUAGAAGAUGAAAAAGAUGAAGAGGAUAAUGAAAUGAGAACACUUCUAAGGCGAGCCACUCCACACCCUGGAGAAUUAAAGAACAUGAAAAAGACAGUGGAGAAUUUACGGAAUGAUAUGAAUGCUGCUAAAGGACUGGAUUCAAACAAAAACGAGGACUCUAUUAAGUGGCAUCCCAAGUCUCCUAAACUGUACAGUGGCCAUAAUUGGAGCUCCCAAGGCUCUCGCUGGGCCUCAUUGAAAGGAAAGGAAAAUUUUCAUGGUGGUAACCUGUACAAAUUCAGCUCUGCUAAUGGAAAAUGGAGGGAAGGAAGGAUCAGUCCCGAGCAAGAAGCGGAGGAACUGGAGGAUCCUGAUGAGGAUGAACCUAUUUCCAAGUUUUCUGGCAGUCUUUUCGAUACUGGUGAUAGUAUGAGAGAUCAAAGACAUACCAGAACAGCUCUUCAAGAAAAGCACAAGUCGGCAAUGAAAGGGAAGACUCUUCCAGGGACUAACACUAAGGUGCAGCCACCUGUCUCAGCAGCAGGCAGCUUUCCCGGAGAGAGCAGCCGGUUCCUAGAGGAACCAAGGGCUGUAGAUUCACCACAGCCUCCGCUGAAGAUAACCAUUACUGUGUGCAGUCAAAUGGGGAGUCUUGGUAUUAGCAUUGCUGGUGGAAAGGGCUCAUCUCCAUAUAAAGACAAUGAUGAGGGGAUAAUGAUUGCACGGCUGCCGAAAGAUGGUCCCGCAGACUUGACUGGAGUACAAGCGGGGGACAGAGUGGCAGAGGUACCCCUCGUUUCAGAACCUCAUACCCUCGAUGCUGGUCCUACUGAAGCUUCAUCCAAGGGCAGCCCUUUCCCAACAGUAAACCAUGUCAUAACAAUACCUCGGAUAAUCCUCACGCGUCCUUCUACUUCCGAUGAAGAUACAGACCAGUUGCCCCCAGACCCGGAUGACUUUGAGCCCGGCAGCGCAGAAGGCCAUGCCUAUUCGGACUGCCUGAACAGUGCUUUUUAUCCUCCCUAAUAAAGUACUUUUCAGGAAAGAGUUCACCGGUGGUUUUCUUUCCCAUUUUUCUGAUUGCGUUUAAUGUAGUACUUGAACCGCUAUGCCUUAUUUGUAGGGAAAACCAUGACGGGGAGGAUGGAUUUGAGUUGGGGGAGCAGAACCUGCGUUUGUAUUUCUUUGCCUUGAACUUUCCUUCAGCCAGAACUUGUGCGCUUGAAACAAAACGCACUGGGUGAGAUUAAGUGAAUGUCACGCGUUUCAACAGCCGCUGGUUAGGGGCAUCCUACGGCACCUGAAUGCAACGGUGAAAAGAGCCGCUGAUUUUCAUUCAGAAGGUAGUGUAUCCAUUUGGAAACACACUGAAAACAAUUGUAUAGUUUGUUUUGGUUUUUUAAAAACCACAUGUCCAUUUUUUGUCUGUAUAGCUCACCUUUUUGUCUACCCCCAGGCUCCUUUGAUUUGUCCCUUUUAAUGUUGUUUCAUAUGAGAAUAAAAGAAUCCUUUUCUGUCUUUUAGGUAGUGUUGUUUAUUUUUUUUUUCCCCACAGAAAAAAUGUUGUUUCUUUUGGAAUUCUGUAUCUCAUUCUAACAUAAUAAAGAACAGUUCUAUCAUGUAUAUUGGUGAUACAAAUGUAUAUCAGAUUUGAACAGCACUUGUAAGCUACAUUUUAUUAGAUCUAAAUGCAUCUUAUACAGCUAUGUACCUGAGAGUGAACUGAGAAGCAAUGUCUUAUGAUUGAGAAACUGAGACUCCCUUAUUGCUCCUCCUGACUUGCAUAUAAGCAGCACAUCUUAACUGUGCCUUACUGCAAUGUGCGAAUAUUUCGUGGUGGUGUGUGUAUAUAUGCGGUAAGCAUUUAAGAACAAAUGUUCUCGUGUUCAAUCCUUUAAUUUUCUUCACUGCUGUCCAGGUUUCUAAUGCCUUUUGAGGUGCCUAAUAAGAACCAUUUGGAACUGAUCUUUAUUUGGGGUUCUCAGAGGAGGGGGCUGCCCCCGACAGACUGUCAUGUCAGGACUUUUAGGUCAUGUGCAUAAAGUCUACAUUGAUGGUAUUUAUAAUUUGAUUACAGUUUCUUUUCCUGUCAAUAUAAUAUAACAUGACCAAGUGACUUGAUAGAGCCUCAUCUUUUAUUCACAUUCUAAAAGAUUUACCUGG